AUGGCACAGCAAGGGCCAAGUCACCCUCUCAAGACCUCUCUUCCCGAGACAUAUGCCGCCAUCAAUGCCCAGCAACCCCCACCUUCGUCCCUAUACCCUUCACAAGAAGAGCAAGACAAAUACCUAGAAGGAAGGCCUGGUGCGACCCAACAGCACCUCGAAGUCGCCCUAGAGCACGCCCAGCAGAUCCAGACCCAAAAAGACGCCGAAGAUGUGAUCCUAAACCGCAUCCUCGAGCUGCUCGAGCUCCCCUCCUCCCCGACAGCGGACCCUGCCACACCAUCUCAAGAAGACACCGUAAAACUCAAAUACUCACUCGCCCCAUUCCGCCCCAGCGACUACGACAAUCUGAUCUUGGAGCGAAACUUCGAAGAUUUGUGCGGGUAUGCUCUAUGUCCUCGCAAGCAUCGCAAGAAAAACGGCCCACAAGGCGGGUUCCAAUUUAAAUACGGCCCCAAAGGCAGCGGGCCAGGAGGACGUGGCCGCAGCGUGGACAUCGUUUCUCAGGACCGCAUCGAAAAGUGGUGCUCAGAUGCGUGCGCAGAGCGUGCUCUUUGGAUCCGGGUGCAGCUGUCCGAGAAGCCUGUGUGGGAACGCCGAGCGGACGAUACGCGGGGCACGACCAUUUUACUACUUGAAGAAGCCCGCGCCAAACGCCUGAAGGCACCAGCGGCUACUAGCAGUGUCUCUUCCGUUAUGAAUGAUUUGCAGAGCAUGGGACUUGAGAAUCGCGACCGGUCCCGGGAGCUUGCGUUGGAACGCGGCGAUACAAGCUUGAUUCGUCCGGAUGGACGUGUCAAUGUCGACAUCAGAGAAAAUCAACGUGGUUCUCAGCAGGUUGCUAACGCUCCACAAAUGCGUCCGGAGGAUGCAAAUGGCGGUUCCAUUGAAGGAUACGUGCCCAGGGAGCGACGAGACUUGGACCAGGAUGGAGACAUAGAUCUGCUCGAUCAGAUCUGA